GCGUUGCCAAGGGAAGCGGCUACGGCGUAUACAGAGAAAAGAUUAGAGAGACGGAGAAGCAAGCAUGGCGUCCACUUCAGCAUGCCAGGCGGACGCGCUGCCAUCAAUGCCGAGCUUCCAAGACCCAGGUGUGGACUGCUCGGAACCCAUCCAGAGCGAAUACAGGAUGGAUAGGAAAACUCCGGGCCUCUGCCUCAUCAUCAACAUGUCGCGUGUCAGCGCCACGUUGGGCGUACAGCCGGAAGAGAGGCGAGAGGACCUUGUCAACAGGAAGGCAGAACAGAUUAAGAAGACUUUUGAAGCUAUGGGAUUCAAGUGCGAAGUCUACAACCAACCGAUGAUCAAGCAAAUCAAAGAAAAGAUGCAGGAGUACAGACAGAAGAAACAGGAACUGCUCGACAGCAACUGCUUCGUCUGUUGGUUUCUGACGUGCCGGAGCGAAGACACCUACGGCGUCCGGUUGUACGCGUACGACAGACCAAUGAGAAUGAAGGAUAUCACCCAACCAUUCAUGGGAAACAACUGUCCGGAACUUGUCGGAAAACCGAAACUAUUUUUCGUCGAGGCAGACUACGUGAAGAAGCACGAAGAGCACAUGCUCGCUGACAUGAGAUCCGGGUGGCGCCGAGACACCGCCUACAAGUUACCAAUCAGCGCAGACUUCCUAUUGGCGUCCUGCAUGUGUCCGAAAAAAGAUUAUUGCUACGACAUGCAAUAUGCAGAGAACUUUCAUGACGUUUUUAAAGAACACUGCACCCCGGAGCCCGUGAAUGAGAUCACUGUCAUGCUAGACAAAAUAGCCAACAAAAUUCGGAGCCGCCAUGAGGACACGAUGACCACCAGCUCCUACGUGUCCACACUCACAAGAAACCUAUACCUCACAAAGUUACCCGAGAAAAAGCCGGAGCCAGUGGUUGUCCCUCAACCAGCCCCUCCCCAAAAUGUGCGCAGAGAAGAAAGAAUGGAGGAAGACAUGGACUAUGAUUUUCCGAGAGGUCUGCUUCGUGAUGCGCCUUUCUUUAUAUAUUCUCAUCCCAGCCUACGUCGUCUUCUGACACGCCGUUCAAGAGACGCACGGCGCAACGAAGACGACAACUUGGCCAUACUGAGGGUGCUCACAGAAGAUGAACUUCACUGCUUACAGCACCUGAGUGAAACUCCCCGACGCUACUUUGGCUCCCGCGAGUAUGGGUGGUUGAUGAGAAUGAGAGAAAUUCACGAGCAGAAAUCGAGCAUAAUCGAUAAACUAUUCCGGGAAUGCUCUCCGCGGGGAAUGUCGCGCGACGGGCCGGCUUACUGGGAAGCGAUGCCAGGGUGCCACCGUAUGUAAGCCGCGACGGGAGAGAACGAAGUGAAAUGGCCAUUCGGUGACAAAUUGUACGAAGCUGCAUGGAGCUGCGCAUGCGCGUAGCGCCGGAUGCGUGCACUCUUAAAAAUGAACUUCACUGCUCGUACACUCUUAAAAAUGAACUUCACCACAUAGCACGCUCCUAGCCAACCAUCACCCCG